UCCUUCCAGGAGUCAGAUGGUGGCUUGUAUAUCUGCAUGAACACAUUCCUGGGCUUUGGGAAGCAAUAUGUGGAAAAGCACUAUCAGAAAACAGGCCAGCGGGUCUAUCUGCACCUCAAAAGAACACGUAAACCGAAGGAAGAAGACACCAACUCCAGUGCUGGGGACCCACCAAGGAAGAAACCAACUCGUUUGGCUAUUGGUGUAGAAGGUGGAUUUGACAUCACAGAGGAAAAGUUUGAAUAUGAUGAAGAUGUAAAAAUAGUAAUUUUCCCAGAGCAUUUGGAUAUUCCUCGUGAAGGUCUGGAGGGACUACCAGACAUGGUCAGAGACAGGAUUGCCAGUGCGAUCGAGGCGAUCCUGACAGCAGAUUCAGCCUCACGGAAGCAGGAGGUGCAGGCUUGGGAUGGGGAGGUUCGACGUGUUUCCAAACACGCUUUUUCCCUGCAACAGCUUCAGAAUGAUGUCCGCAUCCCACCGUGUGGCUGGAAGUGCAGCAAGUGUGACAUGAGGGAGAACCUGUGGCUGAAUAUGACCGAUGGAGCCAUCCUCUGUGGUCGGCGUUAUUUUGAUGGCAGUGGUGGCAACAAUCAUGCGGUCGAGCAUUACCGGGAAACUGGCUACCCACUGGCUGUGAAACUGGGAACAAUUACUCCUGAUGGGGCUGAUGUCUACUCCUACGACGAAGAUGACAUGGUAUUGGAUCCAAACCUGGCAGAACACCUUGCUCACUUUGGAAUUGACAUGCUCAAGAUGCAGAAGACAGACAAGACAAUGACAGAACUGGAAAUAGACAUGAACCAGCGCAUUGGGGAGUGGGAGCUCAUCCAGGAGUCUGGCGUGCAGCUCAAGCCCCUCUAUGGGCCUGGGUACACUGGUAUCCGUAACCUGGGCAACAGCUGCUACCUCAAUUCUGUGAUGCAGGUGCUGUUCAGUAUCCCAGACUUCCAGAGAAAGUAUGUGGACAAGCUGGAGAAGAUAUUCCAAAGUGCACCUUCGGACCCCACACAGGACUUCAGCACACAAGUAGCCAAACUGGGCCAUGGACUACUUUCUGGGGAGUACUCAAAGCCGGUUUCUGCAGAUGGGGAGCAGCAGCCCGAUCAGAAGGGUAUGCAAAAUGGCAUUGCUCCACGCAUGUUUAAAUCCCUCAUUGGAAAGGGGCACCCAGAAUUUUCCACUAACCGACAGCAGGACGCCCAAGAAUUCUUUCUGCACUUCAUCAACAUGGUUGAGAGGAACUGCCGCAGCUCGGAGAACCCUAACGAGGUCUUCCGUUUUCUGGUCGAGGAGAAACUGAAGUGCCUGGCCACAGAAAAGGUGAAAUAUACCCAGCGUGUGGACUAUAUUAUGCAGCUACCCGUGCCCAUGGAUGCUGCACUCAACAAAGAUGAACUACUGGAAUAUGAGGAGAAGAAGCGGCAAGCAGAGGAGGAAAAGCAGCCACUGCCUGAGCUGGUGCGAGCCAAGGUGCCUUUCAGCUCCUGCCUAGAGGCCUACGGAGCUCCAGAGCAGGUGGAUGAUUUCUGGAGCACAGCCUUGCAGGCCAAGUCUGUGGCUCUCAAAACAACACGGUUUGCCUCUUUCCCGGAUUAUCUGGUGAUCCAGAUCAAGAAAUUCACUUUUGGUCUGGACUGGGUGCCCAAAAAGCUUGAUGUCUCCAUUGAAAUGCCAGAGGAGCUGGAUAUCUCUGCACUGCAGGGAACAGGGCUGCAAGAUGGAGAAGAAGAAAUGCCAGACAUUGCACCCCCACUGGUGACACCAGAUGAGCCCAAAGGUAGCCUGGGGUUCUAUGGCAACGAGGACGACGACUCCUUCUGCUCCCCUCACUUCUCCUCUCCGACAUCACCCAUGUUGGAUGAGUCAGUGAUUAUCCAGCUAGUGGAGAUGGGCUUUCCCAUGGAUGCCUGCCGCAAAGCUGUGUAUUACACAGGGAACAGUGGGGUUGAGGCUGCCAUGAACUGGGUCAUGUCACAUAUGGAUGAUCCAGACUUUGCUAACCCGUUAGUUCUCCCUGGAUCCAGUGGACCAGGGUCAACUAUUGCCUGCCCAGACCCUCCUUCAGAAGACAGCGUGGCCACCAUUGUCUCCAUGGGCUUCUCGCGGGACCAGGCUAUGAAAGCGCUUAGAGCCACGAACAACAGUCUGGAGCGUGCUGUGGAUUGGAUCUUUAGUCACAUUGAUGACCUUGAUGCAGAAGCUGCUAUGGAUAUCUCAGAGGGGCGCUCAGCAGCUGAGUCCAUCUCUGAAUCUGUCCCUGUGGGUCCUAAAGUGCGCGAUGGACCCGGAAAAUAUCAGCUGUUUGCCUUCAUCAGCCACAUGGGCACUUCGACUAUGUGUGGACACUAUGUCUGUCACAUCAAGAAAGAUGGCAGGUGGGUAAUCUACAAUGACCAGAAAGUCUGUGCUUCUGAGAAGCCCCCCAAGGAUCUGGGCUACAUCUACUUCUAUCAGCGGAUUCCCAGCUAGAACAUCCUCUUGCUGUGUGUGGUGGGGGGAGAGUGGGCUGAA